UUCUCUCAGCGCGAGAGUUUCGGCUUCUCCGUUCUGGCGGCCUCCCAAUCAAACUUGUCGCCAUUGCUCGCUCUCAUUCAUCAGUUGCUUCCGAAAUUCCGGCUGAUACCAAAACUCCGGCGGAUAAUGGCCGACGUUGACCGCCGUUACGUGCCAAUACGCGACGACGGCAGCGUCCUCGUCUCGAACAGAGCUGCGACUUCGACUCGCGUCGCGUCUCUUGACGUGUUUCGCGGCCUCUGCGUCUUCCUUAUGAUGCUUGUGGAUUAUGCUGGCUCAAUUUUUCCGAUCAUUGGUCAUUGCCCAUGGAAUGGCAUACACUUGGCAGACUUUGUGAUGCCUUUUUUUCUUUUUGUCGCUGGAUUUUCCCUUGCACUUGUAUAUAAGAAAGUUCCCAAUCGUGUUGAUGCUACACAGAAGGCGUUGCUGAGGGGAGUAAACCUUUUUUUCCUUGGAGUUCUUCUUCAAGGUGGUUAUCUUCAUGGAACAACUUCUUUCACAUAUGGUGUUGACAUUGAAAGAAUACGCUGGAUGGGUAUUUUGCAGAGGAUAUCUUUUGGAUAUAUUAUAGCAGCUUUGUGUGAGAUAUGGCUUACUUCUCAAAGGUGGACAGAAUUAGGUUUCUGCAGGAAUUACUAUUGGCACUGGUGCCUUGCAUGUGCAUUUUUGAUGGUGUACUUGGGGUUGUCAUAUGGUCUAUAUGUUCCAGAUUGGCAAUUUGAGGCAUUGAGUUCAACUUAUCCUUUGAAUCCUAAGAAUGGCAGCCUUUUCUACACGGUGACAUGUUCCACAAGAGGUGAUCUUGGACCUGCUUGUAAUGCUGCUGGAAUGAUAGAUCGAUACGUUCUUGGUAUCAAUCAUCUAUAUAUGAAGCCCGUCUAUAGAAACCUGAAGGAAUGCAAAGUUUCCAGCAAUGCAUGGUUUGCAGGGAGUUCACCAUCAUGGUGCCAUGCUCCAUUUGAUCCUGAAGGUAUAUUAAGUUCUUUGCCAGCUGCAGUGACAUGCAUAAUUGGGCUUCAGUAUGGCCACAUUCUUGCAGAAUUACGGGACCACAAACAGCGGUUAUACAAUUGGUCCAAAUUCUCAGUUUCAUUUUUAGCCGUUGGUUUUUCCCUUGUUUUAGUAGGUGUCCCUCUCAACAAAUCUCUUGAUACAAUCAGUUACAUGCUAGUUACAUCUGCAGCUGCAGGAAUUACAUUUUCUGCGAUGUAUAUGUUAGUAGAUAUUUAUGGUUACAGAUGGUUGACGUCUCCACUAGAGUGGAUGGGGAAACACUCUCUAGCCAUUUUUGUUCUUGUAAGUUCUAACAUAGCCGUUGUAGCAAUUCAAGGAUUCUACUGGAAAUCCCCUGAAAAUAACAUUAUUCACUGGAUCGUAUCACGCUUUCUCCACUCGAUGAAGAUGGCCAAGGAUCUGAGCGAGGAAGGCCAAGCCCACCACGGCAAGGACUACGUCGACCCGCCACCUGCCCCGCUGGUUGAUGCCGCGGAGCUUAGCUCCUGGUCCUUCUACCGAGCCCUCAUCGCCGAGUUCAUCGCCACCCUCCUCUUUCUCUACGUCACCGUCGCCACCGUCAUCGGCUACAAGAAGCAGACCGGCCCCUGCGACGGCGUUGGCCUCCUAGGCAUCGCCUGGGCCUUCGGCGGCAUGAUUUUCAUCCUCGUCUACUGCACCGCCGGCAUCUCCGGCGGCCACAUCAACCCCGCCGUCACCUUCGGCCUCUUCCUGGCCCGAAAGGUCUCGCUAGUCCGAGCCGUGUCUUACAUGGUGGCUCAGUGCCUGGGCGCUAUCUGUGGAGUCGGCUUGGUGAAGGCCUUCAUGAAACACUACUACAACGGCCUCGGCGGCGGCGCCAACUCCGUCGCUCCCGGCUACAGCAAAGGCACGGCCCUCGGCGCCGAGAUCAUCGGCACCUUCGUCCUCGUCUACACUGUUUUCUCAGCCACUGAUCCCAAGAGAAGCGCCCGCGACUCUCAUAUCCCCGUUUUGGCUCCCCUGCCAAUCGGCUUUGCCGUGUUCAUGGUUCACCUGGCCACCAUCCCUAUAACUGGAACUGGCAUCAACCCAGCUAGAAGCUUCGGAGCUGCUGUAAUCUACAACAACGAUAAAGUCUGGGAUGACCACUGGAUUUUCUGGGUGGGGCCGUUUGCGGGGGCAUUGGCAGCGGCGGUGUAUCAUCAGUACAUUUUGAGAGCCGCGGCAAUUAAGGCUUUGGGAUCGUUCCGCAGCAACCCUACCAACUAAACUAAGAUUUGAGUUGUUAUUUGACGACGACGACGGUGGGUGGGUGGGUGGAUGGAUGGAUGUGGAUCUGAUAUCUUCUUCUUCAUCUUCUUCUUGUUCUCUUCAUUUUCUGACGAAGCUGGUUGUUAUAUUUGUUUGUAUUUGUGUGUAUGAUGAUGAUGAUGGGAGGCUCUUGAAUUUAUUGACGCUGUUAUUUACUUCUUCUGUAUAUUUAUUUAUCGUCAUAUGAUGAUGAUGAUGAUGAUUUAA